CAGACCCAGAAGACCCACCCUGCUCCCCCAGUGGCAUCUGCACGCUGUCACGGCAUUUCACAGGGGCUGGGGUGUCUUGGGACUCAGAGGCAGGCUGCUGGGGGUUCAGGGGACCUUGCCGUCCCUCCCUCCCAGAUGUCUCUGGCUGCUCACAGGUUCACUGGAGACAGGGGCUCAGAGCUCCCAGACUGCUGGACCCUCCAACAGGUGUCUGACAGUCCCCCUCCCGACCUGGGUGGCUCCCAGUUUAAGGAGGGGGCUCCCUGCCUCAUGGGUAGGCCUCCGCAGAUGGCGGCUUCUCUCUCCAGCCCCAGGGGGCUGCUGGGCGCCUGUCCAAGUGUCCUACACAUGGUCCCUCCGGGAAAGAGCGGAGCUGACCCCGUCCCCCCUUCCCGACUCGAGGGCCUUCGGGCCGGCAGGUGUGUGAGGGCUCCAGGUGCGCGGACCCUUCGAAGGGACACAACCCAGCAGCCGCAGCAGGCCGCGCGGGGGCAGCCGAAGACCCCGUCCGGCGCAGGCCGGGGCCGAGCUGGCAGCGGCGGGUCCAAGUCCCGUCAGCCGGCGCAGGAGGCCCAGGGGCGAGCACGGGACGGGGCUGGGCGCCGGGGUCCGGACCGGGCCGGGGUCGCGCCGGGCCUGGCCGGACACCGGACCCGCCGGGAGCCGGCCCCUGCCGCGCUGGACCGAGGCCCCCGCCUGCAGACAAAGGAGCCGGCGGGGGGCGGGAGCCGGGGGGGGGGGGCAGCGGGGGGGAUGGGGCGAGGGGGCGGGGCGUCGCGGUGUCACGUUACCGCCCGCAGCGCCCUUUAACUCCCGCCCCCGCCCCGCUCACCGCCCCCUUCCCCUGCUACAGCGCGCUCACCCCGCGGCCGCCAAUCAGCCGCGCGCCCCGGCCGCGCGCCCCGCCUCGCCCUCGGUGGGUGUGCUCGCGGCCAAUGGGCGGCGCGCGGGGGCGGGGCCGCGAAGGGGCGGGGCGGCGGGGCGGGGGCCAAUCGCCGCGGUGUUGUUGAAACUGA